AUGCGUCCUACUAUACGUUCUGAGAAGGCUGGCCCCUCCCAUAGAGUCAAGGACUAUGUUCGUGGUGUCUGGUAUCAGCAACAAUGGGGUUCGGCGGAGCCUGCUCGAGAGCCAACGAGGAGGGUGUUUUUAUGGGUGGUUAUGAUCAUUCUCGUGCCACUCUUGUUAUUCGCUAUUUUGCUCCCGACUGGCCUGAGCCACAGGUUAAACAUUUGGAGUGGGAUAUACGGCCAUACCUCAACCGCCAAUGCUGAAGCUGCGCAACACCCAUUAGAGGGUCAUCUGGAUGAGGCAGGCCGAUACCUUCUGGGUGUGGGAAAGGCGGAUAUCACUGGUCCAUGUGUCGAAAUCAACAUGAUGGGGUAUGCCGACCCGAAUCAACUAGGCACAGGCCUUCGGCAGCGCCUUUAUUCCCGAGCUUUUAUAGUUGCCGAUCCGGGACGGCCGGCUGACCGCUUUGUCUAUCUCGUCCUGGAUACACAAUCCGGUGAUACGGCUGUUCGUUACGGUAUAUUGUCGGGGCUACAGGGACUGGGAGCCGAGUACGCCGACUAUGGCCAUCACAACUUGGCCGUCACGGGGACACAUUCCCACUCUGGACCCGGCGCAUGGCUGAACUAUCUCCUUCCUCAGAUAACAAGCAAAGGCUUUGACAAGCAGAGCUAUCGUGCCAUUGUUGACGGUGCCAUUUUGUCAAUCCGCCGUGCACACGAGAGUCUCGAUCGUGGCCAUCUGAGUGUCGGCUCGACCAAGGUGUUUGGCGCCAAUAUCAAUCGCAGCCUGUUUUCGUACCUCAAUAACCCAGCAGAGGAACGACAACGCUAUAAUAUCAGUAGUGCAGAUGACGGAUCCGUGGAGAAGGAUUUGACUCUACUCAAGUUUACCCGUGCAUCCGAUGGCAAGGAUAUCGGUGUACUCACAUGGUUUCCCACCCAUGGCACCUCCAUGCUUGGCAACAAUACUUUAAUCACUGGAGACAACAAGGGUGUGGCUGCAUCCCUUUUCGAGCAGAGUGUAAAGGCCGGUCAUAACGCUGCAGAGAACUUUGUAGCCGGGUUUUCACAGGCAAGCGUGGGCGAUACCAGUCCAAAUGUCUUGGGUGCGUGGUGCGAAGACGGGACUGGUCAAAUGUGCAGUUUUGAGAAUAGCACCUGUAGUGAUGGAAAGACCCAGAAAUGCCAUGCCCGGGGGCCCUUCUUUCGGGCAAACGACGAAGGAACUUCUUCAUGCUACGAGAUUGGCAGGCGCCAGUUCGAAUCAGCACGGAAGUUGUACGAUGAAUCUGAAAAGUUGUCACCCAUCCAUGGAUCUUGGGUAAAAACAUUUCACAGAUUUCACAACAUGUCCAAUUUCCAUUUCCAGCUGCCGAAUGGCACUGAGGUCGAGACAUGCCCGGCAGCGUUGGGCUAUUCUUUCGCCGCUGGAACGUCGGACGGUCCUGGGGCAUUUGACUUUACGCAACAUGAUGGUGGCCCCAAUACCACCUCACCUGUGUGGAAAGUUGUGUCUGGGUUACUCAAAGCACCGACCAAAGAGCAAAAGAUUUGUCAUGGAUCCAAACCAAUUCUACUGGACGUCGGCGAGAUGACUUCACCUUACCUGUGGACACCGAAUGUUGUCGAUGUACAAGUCUUUCGUGUGGGACAGCUGGUCAUUGUCGUCAGUCCUGGUGAAGCAACAACCAUGGCUGGCCGACGCUGGAAGGAAGCGGUUGGUGAUAAGGUUGUGUCAAUGUCAGGCUCAACUACACCACCCGUCGUUGUUCUCGGAGGACCUGCCAAUAGCUAUACUCACUACAUUACGACCGAGGAAGAAUACGAGAUACAACGGUAUGAAGGUGCCAGUACGCUGUAUGGGCCGCACACCCUUGCAGCUUACAUCAACGUGACUCUGUCCCUUGUUCCAUACAUCAGCGCAUCAUCCACUAGGCUACCGUCGCCAGGACCAAGUCCUCCUGACAACAGCAACCGAAGUCUCAAUUUCAUUCCCGGUGUGGUGUAUGACAGGCCGCCAUUGUUCAAGAAGUUUGGAGACGUAAUCACUGAUGUGGAUGACACUGACAUUCACCGGGGGUCUUCUGUGUCGGCUGUUUUUGUUGGCGCCAACCCGCGCAACAAUCUCAGAUUGGAACGGAGCUACGCGGUCGUGGAGAAACUCAUUGAAACGGAGGGAUCGAUGAAGCAAAAGUGGCAGACUGUUCGCGACGACAGCAAUUGGCACCUCGUAUUUCGAUGGCGUCGGACGAGCGAGUUGCUCGCGACAAGCGAGGUUACCGUGACCUGGGAAACGGAAGAGUGGGCAGAACCUGGCACAUAUAGACUUCGAUAUUUUGGUGACGCCAAGAGUUUGUCUGGUUCUUUAACUGAAUUCGAAGGUGUCAGUGGGGAGUUCAUGCUAUCAUAA